CAGAAUCCUUGAACUUAAGGUUUCCAAACAUCAAAGCGAUAGGUGCAUAACCUUAGAAGAAAAAGAAUCAUCAUGGAACAAAUAAAGGAUUUAAUAAAAAUAAAAUAAAAACAGGUGCAAGGAAAUCAUUGUAGAAGAACAAGAAUUCAGAGAAUCAUAACGCCAAUUGCUUAAACCCUUACACCCAAACCUUGUCAUUCGUCGUCAAUGCAAAUAUCAACCUCGAUCUCGCUCUCCUCGAAACCCCCAAAUCAUUAUCGUUUGUAAAAUCUAAUUUUUACAUGAAAGAAACGUCAAUCCUCGAGAUCUGAUGGAACUAGGGGGAAAUGAGGCAAAGUGAGUGGGAAGUGGUUGAAGCCAAUAUAACCCUAAAAUCGAAAAUACACUUGUGGAUUGGUGAUCGAAUCGAUUUGAUCAUAGAGGACGUAAGAAAUACGACGAGGAAUACCGUCGGGUGUAUAAAUCAGAAGGACAAGAACUGAGACGGGAGUUAUUUGAUGGUGGUGAACGUAAUAGUAACGGCGAGAAGGAAAGAAACACGGCGAGGAGAAGGCUUGACAAGGAAUUCUAGAGAAGUCGGGAACUGAUUACUGUGCGAACUAGGGGUCGAGGGCCGUAGGCGUAGGGCGGAUAGAACAAUGAGGACAUGAGGGGAAGGAUAAAAUAAAAUACAAAGGGAAUAAAUAAUAACUAAAGUUCCCAUCUUUAAAAAUAAGAAUGCCUUGUUCAUUCUUUCUUUCUCUUCGUUUUAGUGGCAAUUUUUUUUGCAUGUAAUCAUAUAAUACUUUUAUCGGCAAUUCAAUGUGCCUCUAGUAUUUUUCCCCUCAACGAGUUUCCGUAAACGGCCCCUAAAAUAAUAACUUACAUAUAAUUUUAAAAUAAAAAAAUGUAUUAGAGAUAAAUGAUAUAACUUUUAAAGACAAAUAAGUAAAUUGUCGCUAUAUACAAAGUUUUAGGGGCUGAUAUAUAAAGUGUCGCCACUAUUAGCCGCUAAAGCUCAUUUUUCUUGUAGUGCUCGAUGUAUAGAUUCAAGAUUAUUUUAUCAUUCCUAAUUGCUCGAUAAACUCAGAAGAGUAAAAUCCAUAGUAUGAAUAUGACGAGUAACUAAGGUAUCAAAUUGUCACCAAACUAGGCUUCAUUGAGAACAUUAUUAGGAAUAUGUGAAUUUUUGGAAAGAGAAAGUCCUAUAUAGUUUUUAUGCACACAUGCAAAAUUGUAAAUUUAAGUCGUUUCUGAAAAUUUUCACAGUAGGAUAUGAGAAUAAUUGUCUUUACUAUGUGUUGCAACAAGGAUAUAUAAAUAUGUUAUUUAUUGUUACUAGUUGGAAGAGGAUGGGAAAUUAUUGACAAGACGAUGCGAACAAUGAUAGAAACGAGAGAAGAGUAAGAUUAGAAUUUUGUUGUUUGAGCUGGAGGGGCGGUAAUCGCUAUAUAUGCCAGAAGAGAAAUAUAUAUUAAUAUCAAUACAUAGCUUUAUAUAUGUAUUAAUUAAUAUUCAUACAUGUUUCUCUAGGAACAUCACUAUAAUUAAGUAUUGCGGUUAUAUAAUUAAUCCUUAAUUAUUCUUCAAUUCUAUAGUUAAUUAGUCUACAACAUCCAACGAAAACACAAUGAGCUGCACUUUGAGAACUUAGAAGGCUAAAUCAGUGGCAAACCCAAGUGAAAAUGAAUAGGUUGUCAAUUGAAACCUCAAAUGAAAAUUGUGAACUAAAACGUUACGUUGGGUCAAUUUUAUCUUAAUAAUGAUAGUAUUUAAAUUCGAGAAUAUUUAGCAAUUCUUAGAAAUAUUGAUCUACCGCUGAAAUUUUUGGGUCCGCCACCAAAUAAAAUUCGGAUUGUUGGUCGUUUAGCUAUAUUUUUGACGCGUGCAUAGACAGCAAUUAUGCUCAUCUAGCUAGCUUAUUAGUUUUGUGGAUACAACUUAUAAUUAUUUAUUAAUUACUCAAUCCAUGUUGUUUUGCCCGUAAGACAGACGAGGAGAAGCCACCAAGAAGAGGAAUCUAAAAGGAAACCAAGGCCCAUUUUUUGUCGCAUUAAGUUUUACUUGACAGACUUCACGUCCAAGCAAUUAGAUUAACUAAAGCAUGUACUUAAUUGGCUUAAUAUCUCAAUUAAAUACUUUUCGAUAGUUAGUUCCCUUGGUUUCUCAGUUAAUUAAUGUGUAUGAUUGGACUCUAUCUGUACUAAUUUAUCCAUAGGGACGGCAAGUACUGGAAAAAACUAAAUUUGUUCUUCACCAAGGAUUUAGUUGUAGCGGUUUAUUCGAGGUAUUUUCACUUCAUAAUUAUGUAUACCUUCACAUUAAUUAACCUACACGAGCGCAUAAAUUCAGUUUCGGUUUAAUAGUACAUCCCAUUAUUGCUAUGUAGUCAGAUCAUAUACUUGUUCAAUUUAUCUCUCCCAAUCUGAAUCUCAUAAGACAAUAACCUGUUGUCUUGAAGGUUCAUCUCUACAAAUAUAAUCCAAUCGCGUCCAUUCAUUAAUCACAUGAGUACGAUAGAACGAAACUAGGAAAGUAUAGAGAGAGAAGUAAAAGGCUCUUUGCUUGAUUCUUAGAUUCAAAUUAUGGAACACAUCUCCUUGAUGAUGUAAUAUGCUUAGCUUGUACCUCAAUGGGAUUCAUUUCCUUAAUUACAUUAUGUUCUUAAUUAGUAAGUACUUAGUUGUAAUCCCUUACACGUGUGUGUGGUAUAUAUUUAAUUAUAAUUAUAGCUAGCUCCAUAUCGUUUCAUCCUAGGAAUACACACUGCCUUGUUCCAUGGCCAAACAACAAGAAAUAUGCAUAGACCUAUAUACUUAAUUAUUGACCAAGCUACGUACAAACUAAAAAGAGUUAAUUAACCAAAGCCAAUUAGUCAUAGUUAUGAGUAACAACAACAAUUAGUAUACAAUAAUUAAAUAUAUAGUAACCAUUGAGAUUACGUUGAAGCCAAAGAAGAGAAACUGUCGUAACACUUGAGGAUUGUAGCUGUGAUGGGGAGAUGAUGAUGAUCAUCAUCACAUUAUCAACAAUGUAGGUUAGAGCAAAGCAAGUAAACUCCAAACACUUUGCCCACAACAACAUUUUGGUCCCUCUUUUCCCCAUCUCUCCCUCCCCUAUUUAACUCUUUUUUCUUCUUCUUCCUAUCAUCAUAUCUCACCACACUACUACUCUAGCUCUCUUCACUAAUGCCAUGACAACCGAGCUCGGAUUCCUAGCCCUCGCCCAGCUCCAGAAGAUUGCUCAGUCGUCGUCACAGAAGACCGAAAAUCGAGACCACGAAAAUCGAAAUCAAUCUCAUCAUCAUCACCAGCAGCAAUAUCAGCAUCAGCAGCAACGACAACAACUGAUGCUGGCAUCAGGAUCAGCCGUCGCGACACCUCCAACCACGUGGGUGUGGAACCCUAGGAGUGGCAAGACAGGUCAGGACGAGGAGAACGAGGACGAGGAGGAGUCGUGGGAGGUGAAGGCGUUCGAGGAGGAUGCCGGGAACAUCAUGGGCAGCACGUGGCCGCCGCGGUCCUACACUUGCACCUUCUGCCGCCGGGAGUUCCGGUCGGCUCAGGCUCUCGGCGGCCACAUGAAUGUCCACCGCCGUGAUCGGGCCAAACUCCACCACCAAACCCUACUUCCACCGCCACCGCCUCCUCAUAACCCUACCAACCCAUCAUCGGCCGCCGCCUCCUCCUCCUCCACAUACAUAAUCCCACCUCCGGAAUUCUCCACCGCCGCCGGCGGUUUGUGCUUGCUCUACCAAUUCCCAAACCCUAAUACCCACCACCACCACCACGCCGCCGCCGGCGGAGGCUACAACUCCGCCAUCUCCUCCGCCGCGACCAAUGCAUGCACCACCACCGAUGCGCCCUCCACUCUCCUCUCCAUGUCGCCGUACGCUCAGCACCGCCAUAACCGCGGCCAAUCUCGUAAUCCUUACCCGCCGCCAAGGCGAAACAAUUCGUCAUCUUCUCCUCCCCAAUAUUAUGAUUUCGACGGCGGCGGCGGAGGAGGACAGCUGGCGGAGGCGGAGGGGAAUGAGAAGGAGAAGGGAAGCAGUACUAGUAGUCAUUGGAAUGAGGAGGAGGAGGUGGAUCUGGAGCUGAGGCUUGGCCAGAGAUCCACGUCAUCCUCAUCAUCAACUUAAAAAGACGGGGGCAACAAAGGAUAAGAAAUUUCUUUCAUUAGUUAUCUUUCUUUUUUUUUUCUUCUUCUUCUUCCUUUUAUUGUUAUCAUUAUUACUAUUAUUAUUUUUUUCGGUUUCUAAAACAUUUUAUGUUAUAGUUUUUUUUUUGAUAAUUUGGAGCGGACAUUUUGUUGAAGUGAGUGAAAAUGAGGGGGAAAGGGGAAAUGGAAGAGAUUUAUUUUUGUGUAGAAAGACAGUUAUAAUAAAAUUCUAUCAAUGUUUGAAGACAUUUUUGUUAUGUUAUCUACCGUUAGAGAAUUAUAGCCUUCUUAACUAAAAUUUGUAGCAAAUUUAGAAAGUAUAAUAAGAUUUUAACCCUCUCCCCCAAUUACUACGAUUAGAAGAUCAGUCCUCCUUAUUUAGAUAUCUGCCUCGCCAUCAGGGUUAACGGGUGAGUAAAUUUCGAUACGUAGUACUUAUUCGUAUUGAUAACGACGAUGAAGAUUAUGAAUCAUUAUAUAUUCUCUCAAUCUGAUCUCACUUCUUUCUCACCAUUACAAAGCUGGAAGUAAUGAUAUAGUGGAAACUAAUUAAGAAGAAGCCAACAUGUAGAACAGGAAUUCAGAAAAAAGUUUUCACGAUGGACCAUAAAUGAGAACCCAUGAUGGGUUUUUUCGUUUUGGAAAUUGCAGAGGAAGGGAUAAGUUUGCAUUGCAGAGUCGUUUUCCACUGCCGAUUUCGCCAACGUUGGGUCUCUCUCUCUCUCUCUCUCUCUCUGAAUGCAAAUCUCUGUCUGGUCUAUAUUGCAUACAUAUGGUGGUAUUAAUUUCCGUGGGUGAUAGUUUGAAACGGUCCCCCAUUCAUAUAAGAUAGAUAGACCGAUAUGAAUUUGGUCGCAGAAAAAUACCCUACCGCGGACCCUAUCUCUCUGGCAGACUCUGUCUAAUCAGCUGAAAUCGAGGUGUACGUACUUAUUGUGAAGAAGUUUGAUGGAUGGAUCGAUCUGACUUUGUACUUAAACUUUGAGUUUGGGAUUGGCUUCAAACUUUAGAGGGUAAUAUGAUUAUUGAAAUUCGUAUACAAGGUUUUAGCCCUUUGUAUAUGUUGUAACUUUAGCCGUUUGGUGAUAAUCAUGAUUAGAGAAGAAACAAGCAGGGUACUGUUUUCACAUGUGGAUAAUUACUCUUAAGUUGGUCAAUUGAUGUUAAUGGAGCAAGGGAUAUAUAGAACGUACUCCGAUCCUCGAAGUUUGGUGGAAACUUGUUGUGAAUGAAGGCCGAGUAUAUUUUACUUAAUUCAAUCAUGAAUAUCUAUUCAAGGCUUUCUAUUUUGCGAAAGAAACUCCUUGAGAAACUUUACUUGGGUACGUACCUCGGUCCAAGAUACAGUCAGUAACCAGUGGUUACUGACUUGUCAAUAAUUGAUCUGGGCCGCAGAUCUAGGAGCCCAGCUCAUCGUGCGGUUAGCCGGACGCGGGGAAGGGGAGGGGUAUUUUUGUCCAUUUUUGAAUUUUUUUUAAUUUAUCCAACAUUUAAUAGUUGGCUUUUCAAUGAAGGAGAGAAAAAUGAUCUUUUCUCUGCAACUCUUCUUUCUCUCUCCCAAUAUUCUUCUCCUGAUCUAGAUUUGCUCCCUUCUCUUAUUCUUUUUUUUUUAGCAAUCGACGAAGAAAAAUUGCAGCCUCCCUCUUUCAUUGCAUUUCUUCUCUUCAUCAAAUCGUUGGCCUCAAUUCGGAUUUUUCUCAUUUUUUGGCAUUUUGGUGUUCUUGAUUUUAGAGGAGGAAAUAAGAGGAGAUAGAAGACGAGUUUUGUUUCUCCCUCCUUCUGUUUUUUUUCUUUUAGGCAAUAUAUAUUGAUAUACCAUACUAUACCAUAUGGUAUUGGGUGGUAACGAAAUAUAUAUUGGUAUUACCACACUAUACCAUAUGGUAUUGGGUGGUAACGAAAUAUAUAUUGAUAUACCACACUAUACCAUAUGGUAUUGGGUGGUAACGAAAUAUAUAUUGAUAUUACCA